AUGCACCGGAAGUUUGGCCCUGUUGUUCGUAUUACUCCCGAUGAGGUUCACAUCCGAGAGCCGUUCGGGACUUCCAGCUAUUCCGAUGACUGGAUCAAAGGUACCAGAGAACUGGAAUCUGGCCAUUAUCAAGGUCGCAGCGUCCAUGGUUUCCAGUACAAGAAACCAUCAAUCUCUCGAGCACGAUCUCUACUCCGGGUAGAGGUCAAUCAUAUUAUCAACACCUUGAUCGAGAAACAUCAAGUGCAUAGAAUGUUUAGCUCAAGGAGAGACAAGAAAGUUCAGCCAGUCGGGAGUACUUUGAUAACUCCGACAUCAUCCCGUAUUCUAGACUCUGGACUCCAAGGUGGAGUCAACCAAAGCAGUCGAAUGAAUGGGUUUCGGGAUUGA